AAGAAAUGUUUCAUUAAUAUUUCUACUACAAUGAAGUAAAUUCAAGGAUUAAAACAAAUGGUGCAAGUGUUACACAUAAAAUGUGUGUUUGUAUAUGUAAUAAUCACAAUCAAAGCUGUAUGAAAAUAGAGACGACAAAAGCAUCAGAGCGCUAGUGUUGAUCAUAUACAUGCAAAUACAGUUCCAGUAAAACAAGAAAGUUCUGAGCCAUGUGCAUAUUCAUUACACUAAACCAACUACAUUUAAAAGUUACAAAGUGUAAAACCAAAUAAAAACAAACUAAUUCCAAUUUCACUGGGGUUGUGAAUCUGCUUAUUAACGCUUUCCAAUGCUUUAAUCUUUUUUAACUAUUUCUGAAAAAGUUAUCACAGUUUUGAAAAACUUUGAGAUGUGGUUCCCUAGAGCUGUAAAAAAAUACAUCUCUUUCCACCAGCUCAUCAUUCUGACAAACACACACAUCUUUAUUCACGAUGCAACUCUAGAUCUUCUCUCUUCUGAUUUAACAACCAGCAGGGGAGGUAAUGGACCAUUUAUCCAUCAACGUUGUUUGGGGUAAACAGAAGUGGCCAUUGUCCAGGUCUGUCUGCCACAACCUGCUGCUCUUGUAUUUCUGCAUUUGUACUUGAGACAUCGUGACUUCAGCAGGAGAAACUUCUAUUCCUUUAAUAUAUACAAACCGAGAAUAAGAACAGAGAGAAUGGACAUAGAGUCCAAUAAAACCAAUGCAAGACAUUCAGAUUUAUUUCAUCGUGACCUUAAAGGACAUAUUUGGUGAAUGUAAGGUCAAAGCACGCGGAUGAGUUACAUAUGUGGAUGAAAGCGGAUUAUGCACUUGGAAAAGAAGAAAGCCAUGCAAAGAAAAAGCUUGAAAUGUUUUCUUGCAAUGUGAACAAGGAACAAAGCAAGUGUAAGAGGGAAAAGAUGACGGAAAAUCUUUUGACUUUCCACCCCACCGUUUUCCAAUCAAAUCGCUCCGGUCUACAUUGGUCUAUAAUUGAUGUCAACGAAACAAACUCCGCCUCCCCAGACACCUACAUCAUCAGUCUCAUCCUGUCCUGCAUCUACACCAUCCUCCUCUUCCCGCUUGGCCUUAUAGGUAACAUCCUGAUCCUACUGGUGAACUUUGACCCUCGACAGCGGAUGAGCACACCUGACCUGUACUUCACCAAUUUAGCCCUGGCUGACCUAGUGCUGGUUUUGGACUCGCUGAUCGAAGUGUUCAACCUGAGCGAGCAUUACUAUGACGACGCCGUUCUGUGCUCCUGCAUGGCGUUGUUCUUGCAGGUAAACAUGUACAGCAGUGUGUUUUCGCUCACCUGGAUGAGUCUGGACCGCUGCCUGGCGCUGACCGGACUGAGGACACGAGCGCUACCCGAAAACAUUUCCGUCACGCACCGCACCAGACUGGCCUAUAGGGCUUGCGGGACCAUUUGGGCAGCUGCCACCCUGUGCACACUAAUACCUUUUGCAUCAGCACACAUACAUCACGGCUGGGGGCGUGGCUUUUGUUUUGCUGGUGUGGCUGAGGUGCAAUGGCUGGAAGUGACGCUGGGCUUUGCCCUGCCGUUUUGCGUGAUGGGUGUGUGCUAUGCCCAUAUCGCACGCAUGCUUUUGCGCUCCGAACGCCCUCGACGAACCAAAGCCAUGCGCAUGAUCGUGGCAGCGGUGACCGUAUUUUUUGUGUGCUGGCUGCCGGAAAACGUUUUUAUCAGCGUGCAUCUGCUCAGUGGUGACAGUGCCACCCGUCGACGUGGAAACCAUACGCUGUGGCAGCGCUACCCACUGACUGGGCACGUGGUGACCCUAGCGGCCUGUGCCAACAGCUGUCUGAACCCACUCGUGUACAGCCUGCUAGGAAACACCUUCCGGCACAAACUGCAAGUGUUUGUCGCGCACCACGUGCGCUGCCUGCAUACUUGCAUUCAGACUGCAAACACGACCCCUCCCUGCCCUUGUGUCACAUGCACAAACGUCCACCAUUCUUGCUCUCAUGAGAAUAAAGACUUUGAGGAGCGUGACCUCAGGAGCGGUGAGGAGGGGGCUGAGGGCAGGGAGUGCGUGUGUGACAGAGUAGGUUAAACAUUGUCGUGAUGUGCAUGUAGAGACGAAAUUACACUGAAAUGAAACACAAUAAAACUCAUGAAAUUUGCCUGUUGAAGGUCUUGAUAUUGAAUUUAGAUGUUGGCAGACCUGUAAACCAAAUCGCCGAUAAAGUGCAUAUAAUUAUUUUGCUGUCUAUUUUAUUAUAAAGUGGUAAAAUAAUUGGGAAAGGAAUUACUUUUGAUUAAUCU